GAGGCACAUUGUGACAGAACUCGGGUUAUAGCAAACAAAGAAGAAGAAGAAGAGAUGGAGAAAUUACUGGUUGUACUGUUGGCUCUAUGCGUGGUACCCGCCAUUGUUAGCGCCGACCCGUUGCUGCUGAAGGGAUAUUUUUACUGCGACACCUGCCUCUGUGGCUACGAGACCAAAGCCUCCAAAGCUCUCGCCGGUGCUGUUGGUAAAAUUGAGUGCGCAAAGAGGUCGGACUCUACUCACGUGACCUAUAGAAAGGAGUUUGUGACCAAAUCCGACGGCACCUAUGAAGUCCUCAUUGAUGGUGACCGUGGCGAUGAUGUUUGCAAUGUCAUGGCUGUUAAGAGUGUCGAUUCGGAAUGUGUCAAACCCAGCCUGGGCCGUGACCAGGCCCGUGUCAUCCUCACCCGCAACAAUGGUAUGAGCUCCAAUGCCAGGUUUGCGAAUGCCAUUGGGUUCGACAGGUGGACCCCAUUGGACACCUGUGGCGAGAUCCUGAAGCAGUACGAGGAGACAGAGACCGAUGUUUGA